AUGGAGAAUAGCACAGAGAUGGUAGAGUUCAUCCUCUUGGGAUUAACAGAUGACCCCAAUCUUCAGCUUCCUCUCUUCCUGGUAUUUUUGUUUGUCUACCUCAUCACUCUUGUUGGGAAUGCUGGGAUGAUGGUGAUCAUCUACUCAGACUUUCGCCUCCACACUCCAAUGUAUUUCUUCCUCAGUAACCUUUCCUUUGUAGAUCUGUGUUACUCAUCAGCCAUAGUUCCUAAGAUGGUGGCUGCAUUGCAGCCAGAGAACAGAGUCAUCUCCUACAGUGGAUGUGCUGCUCAGUUCUUCUUCUUUGCGGGUUUUGGCACUGUUGAGUGCUACCUCCUGGCCUCCAUGGCCUAUGACCGUCAUGCAGCAGUAUGUAGGCCUCUUCAUUACACCACCACCAUGACAGCAGGUGUGUGUGCCCUCCUGACAAUUGGCUCCUAUGUCUGUGGUUUCCUCAAUGCUUCCAUCCACACAGCAGACACCUUUAGACUCUCCUUCUGUGAUUCUAAUGAGAUUAAUCAUUUUUUCUGUGACAUGCCUCCACUCUUGGCUCUCUCAUGCUCUGACAUACGCAUCAGCGAGUUGGUUGUCUUAUUUGUUGUGGGCUUCAAUGUCUUUUUCACCCUCGUUGUCAUCCUUAUUUCCUACCUCUUCAUAUACAUGGCAAUUCAAAGGAUGAGCUCUGCCGAAGGAAGGAAGAAAGCCUUCUCCACUUGUGCAUCCCAUCUCACUGCAGUGUUCAUCUUCUAUGGCCCAAUGAUCUUCAUGUACUUACAUCCCAGCUCCAGCCAGUCCAUGGACACAGACAAAAUAGCAUCUGUAUUUUACUCUGUUGUGACUCCUAUGCUGAAUCCUUUGAUCUACAGCCUUAGGAACAAAGAAGUUAAAAAUGCUGCCUGGAAAAUGCUCAAUAAAUUUUACCCCCAAUCUUUAAGUGUGAACAGGAAGUAG